CCGGCAGCUGGGGAGCCUGAGCAGCAGCCGGCGGGGAGGAUGAGCAACAAAGACGACCCAAGCAAGUGUUGUCCCGCGACAGCUCCGAUCUCCAGUUUUACAAUCCAGUCCAUUUUAGGCAGCAGCAGCACCUCAGAAGGAGGCAGGGAGCCCCCUUCUAAGCAGGCAGCCUCUGCCUGGCAAAGCAGGAAGAGGAGCCUGUCGGUGUCUUCGGAAGAAGAGGAGCCGGAGGAGAGCUGGAAACAUCCUCCUUGCUUCUGCCCGGAUUCGCACGGCCCUAAAGAAACGUGCCACAAACACCAACCUAUCAGUUUCACGUGUCUCAGCAACCCUAAGGGCAACGGCGCUGCGCUCGGCUCCGAAAGGACUCCGCCUUUUCUCUCGCAAUCCCAGCAAGACUUUAAGGAAGAAAAAGAGAAACAUUUCCCCCCCAACUCUCCGACUUCGGGGGACAGACAAAGGGAGGGAGCGGACAGACAGGCUAGUUCGGCCAAAAAGAAGACGCGCACGGUUUUCUCCCGCAGCCAAGUCUACCAGCUGGAGUCCACCUUCGACAUGAAGCGCUACCUGAGCAGCUCGGAGCGGGCCUGCCUAGCCUCCAGUCUGCAGCUGACAGAGACCCAGGUGAAAACUUGGUUUCAGAACCGCAGGAACAAAUGGAAACGGCAGCUCUCGGCGGAACUGGAGGCUGCCAACAUGGCCCACGCCUCGGCCCAGACUUUAGUGGGGAUGCCCCUGGUCUUCAGAGACAAUUCCCUGCUCAGAGUGCCCGUGCCCAGAUCCAUCGCCUUCCCCGCUCCCUUGUACUACCCGGGCAGCAAUUUGUCGGCCUUACCGCUUUAUAAUCUCUACAACAAGAUCGACUAUUGA